GACCAUUUAAGUGUUAUUUUUUGUUGUAGGUUACACUGUGAAAAGUGAAAGAACGUGUAAUGAUUAUUGAUUACUAGAGAAGUUCUUGUUUCACGACAAUCAACAUACAAAGCAAAUCAGUACUGAUUUUAUUGUCGUGAAACACUCAAAGAAUUUUAUUGACAUAAUUUCUAUUACCUUUUGAUGUUCUUCUAAAUGAAUAAAUCUUAUAUGAGAAAUAUUAUGGAGUAUUUGUUGAGAAAUGUAUGAGAAAAUUUAUUGGGAUUGCCACAGAGCCAACUAACUCACUAUAAAUACUUACAUAUAUAGAUAUAGGCAUUCCCGUAUAAUCUAAAAACAAUUGUAUAAGCGCUUUAUCAGUUUUUGAAAAAGCACUCAAUAGUCAGUAUUCAUCUGCUGGCUGUUCCGUGCGAUUGCUCUUCUGUGAAAAAUGAAAGUGAAUCUACUGCAUUUAGUCUUUGUGGGAAUAUUUAUUACCCAAUCUUCUUGUGUUCCUGUUGGAGAACCACGACAAUCAGACAAGAGACCUUUGGUAUUUGAGGAUGUUGUACCAGGAUCGAGAUUCUCCCAGAGAGGUUUCAAUGGUACCUGGAUGACAGGCACGGAAUUUCUCUAUCGCAACAGCGAAGGUGAUUACAAUAUUUACAAUAUUGAGAGCAGAAGUGAUCGUCUUUUCCUCUCACGAGAUGCUCUGACCGGUUGGAGUGGUGCGAGUUUUACAUUCUCAAGGGAUUACACGAGAAUCCUUAUUCGGUACAGCGUGAGAUCCAUCUUCAGGCACUCAAUUGUGGCCAAAUAUGCUGUGUAUGAUAUAUCUUCGGGAACAUCAACCAAUGUGGCAAGUGCGGAGGAAUUGAAUGUCUGUGUAUGGUCACCUGUAGACUCAAAUACCCUGGCCUUUGUCAAGGAUAACGACGUGUACUUGAAAAAAUUGGACGGACAGGAGACUCGGUUAACUUUUGAUGGAGUCCCCGGGGUUAUUUACAACGGUGUCCCGGAUUGGGUGUACGAGGAAGAGGUCCUUGGGAGUGGGGCAGCACUGUGGGUGUCACCAAAUGGUGGAAAAAUUUCCAUUGCCAGCUUUAAUGACACGGAAGUUAAUGAAUUUAUGUACUUUACAUACGGGCAGCCGGGAAAUAUGGCCAACCAGUACUUUCAGGAAAUUCAUUUACGCUACCCCAAAGUUGGUACAACAAAUCCCACCGUUACCCUGAGAGUUAUGGAUGUAACAGACGUGGGUGGUACGGUGUGGCGUGAUAUCCCAACACCCAUUGAUAUUGUAACAGAUGAUCAUAUCCUGGGUACUGUGUCGUGGUACGAUGACAAUCGUAUUUUAGCUCUAUGGCUCAAUCGACGACAGAACAUUGCCACACUUCAAUCAUGCACAAUUGCCGAUACAAUUUCAUGCAAUGAAAUGAUGCGUUUUUCCGAACCAUCAGGCUGGGUUAGUAUCAAUACACCCAGAUGCUACCAAAAUGCCAAUGUUUGUCUUAUGGUUGCCAAUUCGGAGGGAUGGUACAAAGUAUGGCGAUAUGAUUUUGCUACAUCCACCCCAACCGUCCUCACCCCAACUGGCUACACCGUGUCCAGCAUAUAUGGCUAUGAUGAAGAGAAUCAAAAUCUCUACUAUCUCACCGUUCCCGGAAACAAUCCGCAGCAGCGUCAAGUUUUUCGUGAUUCCACAUGUCUCACAUGCACCGCCAAGAGCCCUGAAGGUAAUGACUGCACCUACGCAAGUGCCAGCUUCAGUCGGGAUUUCUCCUAUUAUUCACUCACAUGUUCCGGCCCUGAUCCAUCGUACACUCAUCUAUUUCGAACAGCGGACAACACCCAAAUAAUGGCAUGGGAGGAGAACUUGUCAACACGCACGAGUUUAACGGCAAUAGAUUUGCCACAGAUCAAAUAUCUCAAAGUGCCCGUUGAAGGUCGAUUUGAGGCAUCGGUGCGCCUUCGUUUGCCCCCCAAUAUUGAUUAUCCCACCGGGAAUGGCCAGAAGUACCCAAUGAUUGUCUAUGUAUACGGCGGUCCGAAUUCAGCUCGUGUUACGGAUUCUUUCGGUGUUGGCUUUGGGGAUUUCAUGGUGAGCGGACAUCAUGUAAUUGAGGCGCAAAUUGAUGGACGCGGUACAGCAAAUCAGGGCACACAAUUCCUCUUUACGCUCAACAAUCACUUGGGCACCGUGGAAAUUGUUGAUCAAAUUGCCGUCACUAAAUAUCUUCAGGAUAAUUUUGACUUUAUCGAUGCCGAACGUACGGGGAUCUGGGGAUGGAGCUAUGGGGGCUAUGCAACCGCAAUGGCAUUGGCACAGGAUACCGAAAGAGUUUUCCAAUGUGGGAUUUCCGUUGCGCCAGUCAUUUCUUGGAUCUAUUACGAUUCAAUUUACACAGAACGAUACAUGGGACUCCCCAAUGCAACAUUCAAUGAAGUAGGUUACAAUGCCAGUGAUAUUACGAGGAAGAUUGAGGAGUUCAAACACCACGACUUCCUCCUCAUUCACGGCAAUGCCGAUGACAACGUACAUUUCCAGAAUUCCAUGAUGCUAAGCCGAGUGCUCCAACAGGCAAAUAUAAUAUUUGAGCAGAUGAGUUACCCAGACGAGGCACACGGUUUAAACGGAGUCUCGAGGCAUUUGUACCACCUAAUGGAAUCAUUCUGGAUGCAAUGUCUCAGUAUUGAGGAGUCUUAGCGUGCGGAGGCAACAAUUUAACACCUUUUUCUGUGCCAUUCGCUGCAAAAAACAAAGCUUCUCUAAUGUGCCUUCUUCCCAUCUAAUCCACAUUUCCAAAAGAAUCGCAAAAGCUGUUAAUCUUCAACGCAGAUGCCCCAAUACAUGCUAAUGCCCCCCAAAACGUUAUAAAUCUUUCUAAUAUUGAAAAUUAUGACUCAAUCGUGAGUUCGUGAACUUCAGAGAUCAACAAACUUCCAUUUAAAAAAAAUUGUACAUGAGAGAUAUUUUAUUUUUGUAUACAAAAUAAAAGAUUUUGAAUACAUUUUAUUUUUAGCAA